AUGGCGACCCUCGCAGCGCCCUCGCUCGCAACCUCGUCUCGACCAACAACCCCCUCCGCACCCUUCGACCCCUCCGCCUACCUCUCGACCGACUUCCCUCCCCUCCCUGCCUUCCCACACGAUUUCGACGAUGCAGCGCUCGAGAACGGAAUGAUGGUCGGCAUCGAUCCAGCUGCCACGACUUCCUCGGGCAGUGGAGGGUCGUCGGGCUCUCCGUCUGGGAUGGGCGGGCUGGGACUCGGUCAGCCUGGUGGGUCGGGGUCGGGGUCGUUCGCGACGGGCCAGGGGAUGGUGAGGACCCAUAGCGGGUCGAGCAGUAGCGGUGGAAGUGCGGGAGCGAGGGGACCUGUCACGCGGUUGAGGAGCGGCGCGGUCCCUCCGCCUGGUUCGCGCUCGGCUGCAUCGGGCGCAGGCGGAGGAGGAGGGUUCAUCUCGUUUGACCCGGACCGAGGAUCCGAUCUCGAAGACGACGAGGAAGAAGACGAGGAGCGCCAAGUCGAAGGCCGGCCGAAGAAGCGCAAGUCGGUUCGGGACUUGCGGUCUGCCGCGCAGGCGCAGGCGCAGGCGAGUGCGCCGCCUCCACCGCCGCCUGUUGCGGCUGCUGCGACGAGCAAGAGCGAGGGAGAGGGAGGGGCCGAGGGAGGCGAAGACAAGGCGAGGAGGAAGAUCCAGAUCGAGUACAUCGAGGAGAAGAGCAAGCGGCACAUUACGUUCUCGAAGCGCAAGGCCGGCAUCAUGAAGAAGGCCUACGAGUUGUCCACCUUGACCGGCACCCAAGUCUUGCUCCUUGUGGUCUCCGAGUCCGGAUGGGUCUACACUUUCACGACAGACAAGUUCAAGCCGCUUGUCAAGGAGGACGAGAACGGGCAGCUUUCGGCGGGUCAGAAGCUCAUCGCGGCGUGUCUGGAAGCGAAGGACGGCCCUCCGAACCUCUCGGCCGCGUACCAGCCGACAACCGCCUCGUCCACCGGCAACUUCGAAGCCAACUCGUCCGUCCACGGCGGCCAAAUCUCGCUCAAGACGGGCCAGCGUUCCGGCCGACCUAUCGCGACGAACCGCCGAGUGUCGGGCAAGGCUCGUCCAGCUGCGAUCCAGCCUCCGCCGCCUAUGCCUCUUCCGCUCCCGACUCCGCCUCAAGGGUUGAUGGCAGACCCGACGCUUCCGGUCCCGCCCAACAGCGCGGGAAUGCAGAUGGGUCAGUUGCCGUCGCCGUUGUCGGGCGGAGGAGGAGGAGGGUACCUCGACCCGAGUCCGAUCUCGCCUCACGGUCCGCGCGGGAGCUAUCCGCCUCGUAGCGGCGGCGCGGGCGGGAGCUACUCGCUUCAGCAACAACAGCAGCAGGACUAUGCCGAGAUGAUGCAGCGAGCGGACAUGUUGCAGCUCCAGCAGCGGCAGGGCGGCGGACAAGGCGGGUCUGGCGCGCAGGGAGGGGGAGGAGGAUACGAUUACGACUUGUAUUCGACGGUGCCGGUACGUGACCGUUCUCCUCUCUCCCGGGACGACAGCCGAGACCGACCCGACGUUCUCUUCGACCUCUUUCCCCCGACUCCGCCUUUGCAACGCCAGCCUUCCUCGACGAUGGCCCCUUCGCAUGCGUCGCAGUACUACCCCUCGCACGACUCGCACGGUCUUCCUCCGCUUCCGCAGCAGCAGCAACACGACGCCGGCCACCCUUCACUCCACCACCAACGCUCGUUCUCCCACUCCCACUCCGUCCCUCACACUCCUCAUCGCACGCUGCAUCACCAAGCCUCUCACGGCCAUCUCUCCGCCUCCGCCGCGCAGCAGCAGCAGUCAGACUACUCCGACCCGUACGCUCAGCAGAAUUACACGCACCACCGCGAUCCGAGCAUGAUGGACCCGCGGAACGGAGGAGGGUGGCAGACGCCGCAUCAUCAUUUGCAGCAGCAGGAGGCGGGGAGUGCGCAGGGAACGCCGGUUGGGGUUAGGCAGGGCCAGCAGCAUGCGUUGUACGCGGGCGGAGACGACGGCUAUGCGAGGUAG